AUGAUUUCCAGCUCAUGGGGUGACGAAAGCGACAUCCUGCAGGAGUAUUGGCAAGUAAUGCAUGUGAACUGCUACCCCGGUCGUGGUGCCUCCAACAAUGGGCUUGAGCAUGAACAAGGGAAGCGAGUGGACGCAGUCUAUUGUGCACACAACUGCUAUCACAUGGAUCAUUGCAAAGGCUAUGUUCAUUUCUCCGCCCAUGGAGGGCAGUGCUUCUUGCUGUCGUGGAUAUCACAAGAUCCCGUCGCUGACUGCGAUCUGGGGCAGAUAGGAACGGAAAGCUGGCAAUUCGAUACGUUUGUCAAGAAGCCGAGAUCCACGGAUUGGGUUCUGGACCAUUUCUACCCUUUGAAGCACGUGAACUGCUACAACGGCCGCGGUGCUUGGAAUGGAGGGCUUGAACAGUACCAAGGGAUCCAAGGAACCCCAAGCUCUUGUGGACACCAGUGUUUCAACUUGAGGAACGACUGCGGUGGCUACGUGUUCUUUGAUGCCCAUGGAGGUCAGUGCUUCCUGCUCAAGCAUAUCUCCGCCGGACCUGUUGGUGAAUGCGAGCUUGGAAGGCAGGGGACGGAAAGCUGGCAGUUCACGACCUACAUCAAGUGA